AGUUACUACACAUAUCAGGAAGAACAGGUGUCUUUGGCAGUAUAAGUAACAUAUUUGGUAUGGCUGUGGAAACAGUUUCAUUCCGAGAUGCCGUUGGAAAUGUUGAUCUUUUGGAUGAUUUGAUACUUUUGGACAAUCAGCCGUGCAUCGAAGCACAACCAAUACCAUUGGAGUAUCGUAUAUCGUUUAAUACAAACUUUGAGGACCGAAAUGCUUACGUGACAGGUGUUUCGAAGUAUAUUGAGGAAGCCACGCGACAUGCAGAAUUCAAUGAUAUGUUAUUAGAAGGUUUCGAACAUGCUGCUCAUCUAUACACCUGGCGGUGUUGUUCAAGAGCCGUUCCCAUGGCAAAAUCCAACGACCAACCAAAUCGAGUUGAAAUAAAUGAAAAAGUUGUUGAAGUACUGAAUCCUGAGGUGGAGAAAUUGCACCGUUUUAUGCACUUUGCGAACAAAGCGAUUACACGUUUCUGCGACGAAAUGAGGCGUUUGUGUCAUCCGGAGAAACGAAAAGAUUUUGUAUCCGAGGCAUACUUGUUAACACUUGGAAAAACGUUGAACAUGUUUGCAGUGCUUGAUGAGUUGAAAAAUAUGAAAGCAUCAAUUAAAAACGACUUUUCUACAUUCAGAAGAUCAGCUCAGUUCUUACAAGUUAUGUCGGACACGAAGACUUUACAUGAAAUGCAAAAUUUGAGUAUGUUUUUAGCAACGCAGAAUAAAAUCAAGGAUACACUCAAAAGUGAACUGCAAUCGAUUGAGAGCUAUGAGGAAAUCUUGGCUGAUGUUGUCAAUAUUUGCGUAAUACUAUUCGAAAAUCACAUGUACAUCACUCCUUCUGAGCGACAUAUGUUUGUUAAAGUAAUAGCUUUUGCAUUAUUCUUAAUGGAUGGCGACAGUGCAAAUGUUUCGAAGUUAGAUCAACGGAAACGGAUCAGUAUUUCUAAACUUGAUAAGAUUUUCCAGUCACUUGAAGUCGUACCAUUAUUUGGCGAUAUGCAAAUACAACCGUUUUCAUUUGUUAGAAGAUCACCUUAUUUUGAAGCUUCAAAGUGGCCAAAUGCAAACAAUGAAGGUGAAAAGUGUCACGUUAAUAUCAGGGAAAGAUUAAAAACGAUGCGUCAGCAGCAUUUGGAAUAUGCAACAAAUCUUUCUCGACUUAAUAAUGAGGUUGCUGUUUAUGAUAGGGAUGGACCACGCAGUGAUAGUGAAAAUCGUGAAAUGACUCAGUUGAUGUUGAAUGGUAUCCAACUUCUUUGUAGCUGGACUAGCGAUGUUGUUGAAACAAUUUCGUGGAAAUUGCUUCAUCCAACUGACCAUCGUACUAAUUCAGCUUGUCCAGAAACAGCGGAGGAGUAUGAACGAGCCACGAAGUAUAACUACCAACCUGCAGAGAAAGCGGCAUUGAUUGAGACUAUAUCAAUGAUCAAGAGCGUCCAGCAUAUGCUUUCUAAAAUGGAACCGAUUUUGAGUGUGGCCAUAAGAAAACAUAUCUAUGCUGAAAUGCAGGAUUUUGUUCAAAUAACUUUGAAAGAGCCACUUCAUAAAGCUCUUAAGAAUAAAAAGGACUUAUUGGCGGGAAUUAUCCAAUCAAUAUGUGAUACUUGUGUAGACAAUUGUGCUGGAAAUUUUGAUCCGCAUUCCGUUGAAAUGAGUAAAUCGAAGAAGCAGCGACAUUCGACGGUAGGAUCAAUCAGUGAUAUUCGUGCGACACGACGAUCUGUUGCACCAAGUAGCACGCAGUUAUAUAUGGCCCGUACGAUGACCGAAUCGCUGAUUUCGGAACGAAGUGGUAGCAAGAAAAUAUUACGUAAAGACAUCGAAUCGAAAUAUGUAGAACGAUUGGCACAUUUCUUACGCAUAAGUUUUCAUUGGCCUGCCCUUCUUGCUUUUUCUGAAACAUUGAGUGAAUGUUGUGAACUUUCACAAUUAUGGUUUCGUGAAUUUUAUCUGGAGAUGACAAUGGGACGCCGAAUUCAGUUUCCUAUCGAUAUGUCAAUGCCAUGGAUUUUGACUGAUUAUAUAUUGACAAGCCAGGAUCCUGCUUUAAUUGAGUCUAUCUUUUACCAACUUGAUUUAUAUAAUGAUGCCGCUGAUUAUGCAUUGAAGAAGUUUAAAAAACAGUUUUUAUAUGAUGAAGUUGAAGCCGAAGUAAAUUUAUGUUUUGAUCAGUUUGUUUUCAAAGUGAGCGAUGCCGUGUUCACCUAUUCUAAGCAGCUGGCUUCAAACAUGUUGCUCGACAAACGUUUCAAAGCAGAUUGUCAAGCAUUAGGAAUAACGAUUCGCGCACCACCUCACUGCCGAUACGAAACUUUGCUAUGUCAACGACAUGUUCAGCUUCUGGGUCGAUCAAUUGAUUUAAAUCGUUUGGUAAGCCAAAGAAUUAAUGCAGCUAUUAUUCGGGCCCUUGAUAUUGCCAUUUCAAAAUUCGAAUCUGAAGAAUUGUCUUCCAUCGUUGAACUGGAUUGCUUACUGGAAGCGAAUCGUCUGUGCCACCGUCUUUUGAGUGAACAGCUAGGCUCGAUCUCUGAUUUUAAUGAACUUUUGUGCGAAGCAAAUCAUAGCGUUUCAGCACCAUAUGGACGUAUCACCUUGCAUGUGUUUUGGGAGCUGAAUUAUGAUCUCAUACCCAACUUUUGUUAUAAUGGCUCUACACGUAGAUUUGUUCGGUCAUUGGUGAAAGACUCAAAACGCAAGGUUCCACAACGAGAACGUCCGCCUUCAGCCGCUGUGCCAUAUUUCUGGGGUUCAAAAUCGUUGCAUGCUGCGUUUACAAAUUUAUACUCAUUGUAUAGUGGAUUUAUUGGAUUUCCACAUUUAAAGGCGGUGGUUCGUUUGUUGGGUUAUCAAGGCAUAGCAAUUAUUUUAGAGGAACUAAUCAAAAUUGUGCGCAAUUUGGUGAAUGGUCCAUUGCGUGGUCAUGUAAGAUCUGUUUUCAAUUUGAUGCCGAAAGUUUGCAAACUGCCAAGAUUUGAUUACGGUUCACCUGCUGUGCUGGAGUAUUAUAUAGCGCAUCUGGCUAAUGUUGGACGCUACGCCGAGCUUAAAAAGGAUAUGUGUCAAGUAUUUCGUGAACUUGGCAACAUAAUCGUUUUUUGUCUACAAUUGGAAUUAGCUUUAGCACAGGAGGAAGUUAUGGAUUUAUUGAUAGCUGCACCAUUUACAAACGUUAUUCCUCGUCCACCAGCGAAGAAGGUAGAAGAGCAGGAACUGAAAAUGAAGCAACUAGAGCAGAAGUAUGCACGGAUUCAGAUUUCUGCUGUUGUUGAACAAAUUGGUGACGAAAAGCAGAAAGCGAUUGCACGAGAAGCAGAAUUAUUGACGAAAGAACGCCUUUGUUGUGGAUUGAAUAUCUUCGAGAUGUUUAUUUUUAAGCUUAAGGAGAUUUUAUCGGUGGAUACCAUUUGGACUGGUGGCUUCCCUAGUAACGGAGUGAUGUGGUUAGAGGAAUGCGUAGAAUUCCAUCGUUUGUGGUCAGCGCUUCAAUUUUUCUUUUGUCAGUCACCGCCUUCAGGACAGGAAGGACUGAACCCGCUUACUGAACCACUAAUCGAAGCUCUCUUUGGCGAUGGCUUACAUUGGGCGGGUUGUGCAAUAAUUGCCGUAUUAAAUCAACAUCGCCGAUUCGAGGUCCUUGAUUUCAGUUACCAUCUUUUACGAGUUCAUCGUGCUGAUGGGAAAGACAACAUCGUUCAUGGCAUUAAACUUUCUCAAAUGGUCGAAAGAAUUCGUCGAUUCCAGUUGUUAAAUAAUCAGAUAUUUGGAGUGUUGAAUAAUUACCUCAAUUCAGUCGGCGAAAAUGGCGAAGAAGUGAUGGAAGAGGAAAUCCGUGAAUUCGCACCACCCGUCCAUCAUUCUCUUUCACGCAGUUUUGUUUCCAAUGAUUGA